CGAAAUGCAUUUUGGGAACGUUUUUGGCAUGUUAUUUUUUCUCCUGUUUUUAAGGGAUAAUUUGUUAAGAAAAUAUCAACCUUAACAAUUGUUCAAAUUUUGUUUCGUGUUCAUUUUUCCAAAGCAGCGUCCAUAUUGAGCAAACAAAACAAAUUACACUCAUCCGGGCAUUGACGGAAUCCAAGAUGGCUUCCACGGAUAAAAAGAAAGGAAAGAAGAAGGGACAGACCAUCAGCUUGAAUGCAUUUCUUGCUGAUGAAAAUGAAUCCGAGUCUGGCAAAACGGUCCUUAUUGCAUCAGGCUCCAACUGGGGAGAUCUUGUGGAGGACGAGGAUGUAAAUGACUCCAGUGACUAUACGUAUGGAGGACCUGCAGAGAAGGUUGUACUCCCAACGGCACCACGUGCCGCGAGGGGGCCCAACAUUGACAUGAGUCGCGUGCCCACAGAGCCUCCGUUUACGGCCUAUGUCGGGAACCUUCCGUAUGACAUAGAUGAAGAGCAGAUUGCAGAGUUCUUUGCUAAACUGGGGGUGCUAAACGUUCGUCUCCCCUCUGAUGGCGGUAGGUUAAGAGGUUUUGGCUAUGCAGAGUUUCCCGACAGAGAGAUGUUAAUAGAGGCCCUAGCCAUGAAUGAUGAGAUGCUGCGAGGAAGAAAGAUUCGAGUGGAUCUGGCAAGCGGGUCACAGAAAGCAGAUGAUGACAGGCGUGGAGGAGGCGGGUACGGGAACAGAGACAGACGGGACCAGGAUAGAGGCGGAGAUCCCGAUAGGACGGAAGGCGACUGGCGACGUGGACCACCAGGUGGUGGUGGUGGGUUUGAUGAUAGAGACAGUGGUUAUGGAAGAUCUGGAGGCUAUGGAAGCCGAGAUGACCGACCUGGUGAUAGAUACAGUGAUCGCUAUGGUGACCGAGGUGGUGAUCGUUAUGGAGGAGAUCGCUAUGGUGACAGAGGAGGUGAUCGCUAUGGAGGUGAUCGCUAUGGUGACAGAGGUGGUGAUCGCUAUGGUGACAGAGGUGGAGAUCGCUAUGGUGACAGAGGUGGAGAUCGCUAUGGGGACAGAGGUGGAGAUCGCUAUGGUGACAGAGGUGGUGAUCGCUAUGGAGAUCGUUAUGGUGAUAGAAAUGGAGACUAUGGACAGAUAUCAGCGUGAUGACAGAGAACCAGAGAGAGACUCUGCUGACGCCCCGGCUGGUGACAGACCCCGUAUGAAACUCCAGCCUCGCUCAGCGCCCCUGCCAUCAGAAGAGCGAGCUCCCGCCGCAGAAGAAGCUCCAGCAGAAAGAAAACGCCUCGUUCUCCAACCCAGAACCAAGCCAGUGGAGGCGGAGGAAAAACCAGCUCAGCAGAGCUCUUCGAUAUUUGGAGGCGCGAAGCCUGUGAACACUGCUGCUAAAGAACGAGAGAUUGAGGAACGUCUUCAGAAACAGCAUGAACUGGCCAAACCUGCCGAGGAGGAGCAGCGGAGAGACAGGCAUGAAGAAAGAAGAAGCAGUCACGACGGGGGGCACAGACGAAGGGACAGUGAAAAUUCCGAUAGCGGAAGAGAUGGUAGGGAAUAUAGGGAAUAUAAACGGCGAGAGAGAAAGCUGAGCUCAGGGUCCUCGUCAUCAAAAGGUGGCCCAAGGCCAGGCAUGCCCCGCUCCCAGGGACCCCCCAGGGCCAGGCAGGACAGAGGUAGCCGAGAGGGGUCGGAGUCGGACCGUCAUGACCAGGAGGUGACGGAGGAGAGUAAACCUGUACAAAGUCCACAGUCUCCUACUAAAAAGGAGGAGGUGAAGGUGUCCCCAGCACCACCUCCUUCUGUUAAUAUUUGGGAGAAACGAAAACAGGCCUCCCAGGGGGAGCCACCUGCCCAGGGUCCCAGUCAGCAGUCGCCACCGUCAGCAGACGACAGGCAGGCAGCGCCACCUAGGAGAGUGGAAGCUAAUGAAUCUUAUGCUGACAGAUCUAAAGCAACGGCCUCAGAGUCUAAACCAGCCGCUGGUCCUCCCCCUAACGCCUGGUCUGCUGGACGUCCCGCUAUGAAUGAUACCAAAAGACAGCAGAACGGACCACAGAAUCAGCAGUAUAAGAAAGAGGGAGAGGAGCGUGGUUUUGGUGGCUCACACUGGGGACAGAGGCGUGGUGAUUCCGCAGAAAGAGGCCGUGGGCGGGGCUACAGUGACAGAGGUCGUGGAGGCCCCCGGGGGAGAGGCAGAGGAACCAGAGAACGACCCAUGCCCAGGUCGAUAGACGAGAUGCCAAAGUUUGAGGAAAAGACGCAAAGGGAUUUCAGUGACGGCAACGUCUUCUCUGCGUUAGACAUAGAUGAAGUAGAACCAUAAACUGGCAGCUGAAUUAGAGAGAAAACAACUUGAAGAACUUGGUAAACGUGAUGUAGUCCUGCUGUUACGGAAUUAAGCUCAACAAACAGGACAAAUAAGCAGAGAAAAAUAUUGACAUACUGACGUGACCAUAGCUGACACGUGAGAGAGGAUUUUUUAAGGUCAUCUCCAUGGCAACGGGGUCACGCUAAGUUAUUUUCCCAUGACAACCUGAGACUAAACCAUGGGAACGUUGCAUGUGAAAG